AUGGAAGAUUUGAUAAUCCUUAUCCUAGUGAAGAAAUUGACAGAAGUGAAGCAAGCUAGCAGAUUAGGGUUAGUGGUCAAAAUUGUUAAAAUUAAUGAAUUACCCGAGUCAGCAACAACAAACGAUACUGAGAAUGAUAUAUCAGACGAUGAUGAUUGGUUACGUCUUUACUACAUUCGUAAAUUUGAUGUUUGUGAAUUUGAUGUUCCUAAUGCGAAAUCAUUCACUAUCGCUGUUGGUCCUGAUCUUGCGUUUUAUCUAAUGGACGGGAUGCUUAUCAGUGCCGAUUUUCAUCAAUUGUCGAAUGGUUUUUGGUACUGGGACAAUACUAUAUAUAUAUAUCCUUCUUAUUACACAAAACCAGAUGAAUCUGAUUCAGAUGAAUAA